AGCGAAGGUCUCACAGAGCAGCCGAGCCGCCAGCCGCAGCCUGGCCGCAGGAGCAUUUGAACGCAUCACUUUACGUGCGCUUUAAUAGAGAUCUAGUAUUUCUUUUAUACUGUCGAGAACUGUGAGAUAGCGUGAAAAGAUAACAAAAAAUAGUAAUCAUACAAAGCGUUGGACGUCACCCCAUCUCCGGGGUUAAAAACUUCAUCCACUUUUGCUGUUAAUCCUACUUGCACAAGGAGCAAGAACUUGAAAAUGGAGAGCCUGCACACCCACUGCCUUAAAUGCAUCAAUAGAAGAUGCAUGGUGAGGCCAGAGAUGGGUGUUUCCUGUGACCUCAUUGGCUGUCCCCUCGUCUGUGGGGCAGUUUUUCACACAUGCAAACUAGAGGAACAUCGUCUACUGUGUCCAUAUGAAAGGGUGCCUUGCCUCAACAGGGGAUUCGGUUGCCCAUUUACUAUUGCAAGGAUAAAGAUGGCAGAACAUCUUGAGAUGUGUCCAGCAAGUGUGGUGUGUUGCACUAUGGAGUGGAACCGCUGGCCUGUGAGCUAUGCUGAUCGCAAGUCAUAUGAAAACUUGAGUAAAGACUUUGAUGAGGUGGAGCAGCUAGACAUGGCCUUGGCCCUGCAGGAUCAGAGGAUGCUGUUAGAGUCCCUGAAGGUGACAACCACUGUGUCAAAAAAUGGAGAUAAGCAAGAUGAUGAAAGUGACAAGAUGGCAACAGCGUCAAGUGCAGCAGAGACGAUGCUAAGUAACGGAACAGUAGACAUGGAACAGGAGCCCUAUAAUCAGUUGUACAAGGCCUCGGUGGAGACUAGCAGAAGUUUAGCGGCUGCUUUGGACAUCCUUACAAAUUCUAAAGAGGUUGACGUCAUUGUAGGAAAUUUAAACGGGGAAAAGACUGAUAAGAAUGGAGAGCUGCACAUCGGAGAAAACGGUGAUAGUCAUGGUGAUUAUGCUGCUGAGGGUGUGAAGAAUGUAGAUAUGAGCGAUAGUGAUUCUGAUUCGUAUUGUGAGCUUGGUGCAGUUGGAGGAGUGGACUGUGCAGUCGGGACAGAUGGGGAAGAGGAUGGCAUUAAUUGGGUGGAACAACAUGAGUUUGUUGAGUUGCAUGUUGAAAAGGAGGAUGAGGACAUUAUCAAUGAGCCAAUAAAUGAUUCCUACUAUGUCAGGCCAGAGAUGCCUUAUCAUUCCAUGCCUGUUGUAGCACUGGAACCAACUGUGCCCCCACCAGCACCGCUUUCACCUCAAAUGCCGUUCCUGCUGCCUGAUCACGUGCGAAAUAAUUUGUUGCAGCACCUGCCCAUUGAACUCGGGUAUAGGUGCCUGGAGCGCAAGCUGCAGAAUGUAGAAGUGCUCAGAGGAAUGAGUGUGUUUACAUUCAAUGGGCGACGGGCUCUGCUGUCAGACCCUUACUUGUUUCGUGCAAAGAUGGAGGACAAAGCAGUAGACACGUCUGACCUGGAAGUUUCAGAUGACCCCAUGGGCCUCCACGGCAUUGAUCUCAUUACUGCAGCUCUGCUCUUCUGCCUCGGGGACUCUCCGGGAGGCAGAGGAAUCUCAGACAGCAGGUUUGUCGAUGGCUACCACAUUGACUUUGGCACGCAGACAUUCUCCUUUCCUUCAGCCAUUCUUGCAACCAACACCAUGGUGGGAGACAUUGCGUCAGCCUCGGCCUGUGAUCACGCCAGCCCACAGCUUUCCAACCCGAGCCCCUUCCACACUCUCAGGCUGGACUUGGUGCUUGAAUGUGUGGCCCGAUACCAAACCAAGCAGCGCUCCAUGUUCACUUUUGUAUGCGGGCAGCUGUUCCGGCGGGAUGAGUUCUCCUCUCAUUUCAAAAAUGUUCAUGGCGAUAUCCAUGCUGGACUCAAUGGCUGGAUGGAGCACCGCUGCCCCCUGGCCUACUAUGGCUGCACCUACUCCCAAAGACGAUUCUGCCCAUCUGUACAAGGAUCGAGAAUCAUCCAUGAUAGGUACCUUGGCUCGUUCGGGGUGCAACCUGGUUUACCCUUGAGGACAGGGGACAGCAUCCCCAGAAAUACCUGCUCCUUUGGCUCUCAGUGCGAUCAUCUCAGCAGUCUUCCAUUUGAGGUGUUACAGCAUGUAGCCAGCUUCCUGGAUGGCUUUAGCUUGUGCCAGCUGUCCAGGGUAUCCCGCACCAUGAGAGAAGUGUGUGCCAGCCUUCUUCAGAUGCGAGGCAUGGUUGUCCUGCUUUGGGACAAGAAACGGCGUGCCGAUGGGUCUUCUUCGUGGCAGAUAACAGAUAAGGUGUGGCGAUUCAGCACAGCCUUCGGUACCGUCAAUGAGUGGAAGUUUGCCAACAUCGCCAGCAUGGCCGACCAUCUCAAGAAGUGCAAGUUUAAUACGAUUGCACGUCGGGAGGAGGCAAUCCCUCUGCCAUGCAUGUGUUUCACCAGAGAACUGACAAAAGAGGGAAGGUGUUUACGUUCGGUCCUGAAGCCAGUAGCAUGAGUGAUUCUUGAAGAUAGGAUCAGCCUUUUUGAACUCUCUCAAGCUGUCAUAAACUCAAUUUACAGCUGUAUUUUCCUCCAGCGUUUACAAACAUUAGAAUUUGAAGUUUCAUCCAACCUCAGCAUACGUGGAAAAAUCAUGUUUGGUUGUCACAUACUGUAAGUUUUGUGUUUUGUUUUGUUUUUACAAUGUCAAACAUGUUCAUGAUCCCAUAAAUUAGAAGAUAAACGCAGCCAGUGGUGGGGCGGUCUUUCAGCUGAGACCGUCGUACUGCAGUUACAGAUCAGGACUGUAAACAAGCAAAUUUGAGUGCUAGCCUUGUAUCUUCCGCUCUGAUGGAUAUACAAAUACCAACAUAGUCAAGUUUUACUCUUACAUGUUCUGGCAAUGUGUAAAUAUUGUGUUUUGACUUAGAUUUUUUUUUUAUUUUUAUAUCAGAAAAUCAGUACUGUGCUGCAGUGGAGAUGAGAGCGGAGCCUUAACUUACGAUACACUUGAUUUCUAGUUAUGAGGCGGUUCUGAACUUCUCGGUGAGAUUUCUGAACUUCCUCCUGCUGGAAUAGUUUACUGGUAUCUUAUCUUGCACAGUUUUGUAUCUUACUUUGAUACCUAGAGUGACCAUACAUGUGUUAUGCUCAAAACUCAGUAGUUUUCAUUGAGAUUUCAUGGUUUUAAUUCUGCAUUUUAAGAUACUGACCAAACAUCAAGUGUGCACAACGCAUGCCAUUUUUUUUUAACAUGUUCAAUGUAGCAGUUGGUUUCUCUUAACCAGCAUAAGCGUUGCACCUCCACGUUGACUGUUUGGGUGUCAGGUCUUCUGAACCACCAGGUGACACAGUUUGGUUUGAACAGUGAUGGUGUGCCAUCUUCCCUCACUCCUAUCUCACUUUUGACAAAUGUGCUGGCAUGUUUUACAAGGUGGGAAAUGGGCAAACACAAGCCAGCAGACAGAUGGCAGUUAAUUGAGACAGUGCUUGGGAAGGUUGCCCUUUCUGCGAGCUGCUUUGACAGGAAAUCAGCCUUGAUUUGGAGGCUCCUCUCUAUUCCAAAAAUCAGUUUGGCUGCUGAAAUAGUGACAGUACUGGUUGAACUUUAGAGUCCAGCAGCUGUGGCUAGUGUGCAGAAAUCUUGGUUUCCCUCCCCCUGAUGUCAGACCUCAUAAAAUCCUGCAGGCCAGGUAUGAAGACAUGUAACGGGCACAUGCUUCCCUCUGGUAAUGAGCGCCACUAUUGACGUUCGUUAUUUAUCAUGGUUGUAUUUUUAACCUUUUUUUUUUUGGCACUACAUAUCCAGUAUGUUGAAAUGUUGUUAGUGUCUCAGGGUUGUAGCAUGAAGUUGUCAGUGAGGGAUGGCCAGCAGUAAUUUGUGUGCAGUCUUCAAAAAUCGCUGAAAACUACACAAAUAAUCGUCAGCUACUUGACUGUUGUGGGGUCUUAGAACUGGCCGGCGUACCACUCAGUAUUAUAACCUAAUUGUGUGUAUUGCAGUGCUGGACUAACAAUUUACAUGUCCUCAAGAGCUGUGUGUCAUCCAUCAGCAUCCUAAUGUUUUGAUAUGAGUAAAUGAAUAAUAGGCUAUCAGCUGAAACGUUUGAAUGUGCCAUUAAAUAUAAAGUCAUCAGUCUCAGUCUAUAUGUUUUGGAUUUUUUUUUUUUUAAGUUUGAAUAAAAAAAAAAGAUCUAGCAAGAUUCAAACUGAUACAAAAUAUUUUGUUCCCUUAUGUGAAGAAUAGCUAUGAAUGUUUUUUGCUAUGUUGUAUGAGAAAGGCUGAAAUUGACACUGAAAAAUAAUCAGUAACUAAAUGGAUUUAAAAAAAAAAAAAAAAAAAAGGUUUGGUGUGUUUUGGUUUUAUAUUUUGAAAGAGUUUGUGUUAAAGCCCAAGAAUUUUACCUACCUUUAUAUUCUUAUAAGAUGCAAUCCUUUUUGUUUGUUUAAUUUUUUAUUUUUUACUGGUACUUUAAUUUUGGAAUGAAUUUGCCUCUGCAAAGUCUAGGAUAGAAGGAUUUUUAAACAUUUUUUGAUUUGCACAUGAUGGUAUGUACUGUAAGUCAUAGUGCGGGGAGUUUGGUGGGGAUUGGUUUACCCCGAGUUCUGCAUGUGAGUGAAAUGUCAUUGAAACAAAAAUAUCGGUCUGUCGAAUUGCAGAUUCUUUUAUACACUUUAUUUCUCAGCUUUAGUGCACCAGAGUUGGUGCAUUGUCAUGAUGACUGUCAACAUGCUUCUUUUUUUUCUUACCUGCAUUACAUUUGACUCCGUUGACUUGAUCACAUGUUUCAGUGCAGUCCAUGCCCUCAUUGUUCAGGUUUAAAUCUACUCCAUUUUCAUCCUUAAAAUGUGCGAAUGGAGUGGGAACUUGAGCGUGAACUCAAAUCUGACUUUGUUGGGGCUCAGAGAGUAACCUACAGCAACAAGACGGAUAGGGCAGAUUUCAACUGUAGCAUAACUUUUCUUCCUAUGAAUAGCAAUAUUUUUUUUUGUACUGGCUGCUGGGUUGUAGCAACACUUUUCAUCAGCAUUGCAAGUUUUCACUCAUGCCCAAGUGUGAUUUCAUCAUGUUUUGCCAGCUUCAUUGUUUGACUGUCCCAAUGAUUUUAAUAAAGUUUUUAAGAGUUGG